GUCUCAUGUAAGACCGCUGACCGGCUCAGAAGAGAGCAGCCGGCCAUCUUGUUUUGAACAUUAUUCAUGACUUCCUCAUCUUUGUCAAUAAAACCAAUUGAACAUCGAGGAGUAUUUUCUUCAUGAGGAAGUCAUUAUCAUGGUGAUCGUCGAAUGUUCGGUACCCAACUGUGACUUCAAAACACAGGAUGUCUCUGAUGCAAUCGCCGUAGCGUUACUAAAUAACCACGGCCUCGCACAUCAAGCACUACCUCCCGCUCCUACUGCCCCACCGCCGGCCCGAGGCCCGAAACUCGACCGACCCAAAGUGGACAUAGGGAUCUCUAUCGAGGAAUGGAACAUAUUCAUGCGCCGAUGGGGGGUUUUCCGUUCUGGAUCUGGCAUCACUGACGCCCAGGCGCCUUUCCAACUGUUCCAGUGUGCCGGCCCUGACCUCGGGGACAGCCUACUGAAAGCCAACCCAGGAGCCACCUCGUUGCCCUUGCAAGAUUUGACCGCAGCCAUGCGCUCGCUAGCUGUCAUUCCUAUCGCUACAUGUGUCCUCCGUACCGAGCUGCUCCAGUUAAAACAGGAACGGGACGAAACCUUUCGUGCAUUCGCAGCCAGGGUGCGGGGAAAAGCGGAAACGUGCGCAUACACAGCAGCAUGUGCGUGUGGCCAACCCGUUGACUACACCGACCACAUCAUACGCGACGUCCUUUUAAAUGGCAUUUACGACUCAGACAUAAGGCGUGAGACUCUGGGCAUUACAGAUAUCUUGACCAACCCAAUUAAUGACGUCAUUGCCUCGGUGGAGAGUAAAGAGAUGGCUCGCAACGCCCUACCGUCUUCAACCCUGUCCGCGAUGUCGUCCUUCCAGCGUAACAAAAACACGCCACCCUCAGACCAGUCACCAAGCGCAGCAGAGAAAUCACGACAGGCCUCCUGUCCUGAUUGCAAAGUGUCAUUUCACGUCUUCUCAGAAGGAUCUCGGGGCUGGAAUUCCAAACCUCAUCAGGUAUGCAUCGAUUGCUACAGAGCCCGUAGGCGCAAAAGGCGACAACCAGCCAAAAGUCAACAGUCCGCCAUCGAGUUAGGCCCGAUCUCCCAGAUCGCAUCUCUACAAUCCGGAGCCGUACCUCGCUCUCGUGGUAGACCACAGAACGAGCCCGCCAAACUGGAUCACCAUAUCUUCACCAAGGGGGAGUGGCGACGAGCUCAACUCCGUGAUCAUCCGCGGACAAACAUCACUAUAUCGCUCGAUACUCCAUCAGCUUCGGGAGCCACUUCCCGUCCUCGCGAUCACCUCGUAGCUCAGAUAUCAGCCGUGGCCGACACUGGUGCCCAGUCCGACCUUUGGUCUCUAGAGGAGUUCCUUGCAUGCGGCUUCUCGCGCGAUGAACUGCAACCGGUCAACCUCAGCUUGUCGGCCGCCAACCGGUCUCCAAUAGCCAUCGACGGUGCUUUCUUCGCUAAACUCUCACACGGUAGCCAUCCCGUCAUACCCACAGAGUGCAACCAGACAGUUCCACCCGCUGAACCCGUCGCUGAAACACCACCUACCACUCAAGCCAACAAUGACCCUGUAUCCUCUUGUAUGCCUGACGCCUCAUCUCAGGCCCCGCAGCCACUCCCUGAACCUAGAAGGCCAACUCGUGCGAGAACACGACCAAAACGCUACGAACCAGAGACAGGGAAUUGGACAGUAGCAGGAGUCCGUUCGUCUAGCCUUGUAUAGACUCUAGACUUAGUAUAGACUCACGGACUGGGGGGGAUGAAGAGUGUGUAACGCUGGCCGCUAGGGCCUAGGUCUCAUGUAAGACCGCUGACCGGCUCAGAAGAGAGCAGCCGGCCAUCUUGUUUUGAACAUUAUUCAUGUAAGUCCUACGC